AUGGGAGCAAUCUUAAGCCGUUCUUCUUUGAACCACUCAUCUACAACACCGGCAUCACCGUCUAACAGCAAUAAACGGUUCAAAACUCAAAUCACCAACUUUUCCUCUAGCCAAUCCAGUGGCAAAGCUCAAUCGGAACCGAAUCGAACGAGCUUGCGAAAAAGGACACCAUCUAAAGGCCACCUCAAUCGUCAUGACCAUACGUCAUGUGAUGAUGACGAUUUAGAUUCCAUGUGUGCAAUCAAGCGAACUCUUUCCGACGUUUCAUCUGCGUCCCCGUCAUCCAAACGGCAGCAAACACAAAACAACAACAAGAAACAUGACACCACCUUGAGAAUGUCCCUUCAAAUUGAAAUUGGAUCUCAUUCGAACAAACUACAAGCUCCUCAACAUGAAAAAGAGUGUCCUAAACAAUGCGAGAUUCGAUCAAAUGAAGAUGUAGUUUCUGAGGAUUCCAGUAACAGUGAUGAAAGUACAACUUCGUCCAACAAUUUACCUCCUCAGGAACCAUUGUCUUCGAAUCAUAACAAAGUAGGAGAUGAAUCAAGUUGGAAUGGAUGUGACAAUGAUAUUGAUUCAAUCGAGGAAGCGUAUAAAACCUUACUCAAAAACUCAACAUUGGGUAAAACUGCCAAUGAGAUUUUACACAAGAAAACCAUCGGCAUGCCAUCAAGCCCAAAAACAUCAAGUCACAAAACCAAACGAGAGAUGAAUGGCUCCAUUUCUAAUUCAAAAUCCAACAUAAUAUCAUCCUCUAAAGGAAUGAAAGGAGUUCUAAAGGAGCAACCUGUAUUGCCAGAGGCAUUGAGAAGAAGAACGGAAACCACAGGUUACACUGAUCAUGGUGGUCAUCAGAAUGUGACCUGUAUCGCAAUCCAGACAACAUCAUCUCCUUCACAACAUUCGACAAGCUCUUCUUCAACACCUUCAGUGACAACAGGUCAUAACUCUUCGCUCUCCCUUCCCAUCUCUUCCAAUGCUAGUAGUAGUUGUAAUAAUAAUAAUCAUUUACUUCUUCAUAAUCCUGCCUCCCCAUUUCCCCUCACUCCAAAAUCGAAUCAACCCUUACCAGUGUCAGCGUUUAAUUGCACUCUGAAUGAUGAAAAUGUCCAAGCUGUUCCUGACAGUGGCAAGAAUUCUAAAGGUUUAUCCUCAUCUUUGACCACACCAAAUGGCAUUGUUCUCACUCCUUUGAGACGAAGAAAACAAGUCUUUCAGGAAGAUGUUCAAACGGAUGUCUCUGCCCCAGUCAUUCAAGUAUUAAGUCCUGAAGAACAACAAGUUGCUGUUCAAAAUAAGCCUCACCUCAAAUGGGCAGAACAAAAGAAACGAAAUAUGAUCAAAAAUAGGAGUCAAUCUAGGCUGAUAUGUGACGGUGAAAUGUUAGGUGUCAAUAAGGCUCAGAAAAAAAAGGUGAAAAUACGAACGAGUGACGACCAAGAAAUUCUUCUCAUCAAAUAA